CCCCUCUCCUUUAGUUUAAGUGAGGGCGGAAGAUGGCGGCGGCUGCGGCGGCUGGGACGGGUCCGGGGGUUCCGGAUGGGGAGUCGGAGGGGUCCAAUCGCGACCGUAGCGCGUUUGAAUGCAAUAUCUGCCUGGAACCUGCGAGGGAAGCAGUGAUUGGGCUCUGUGGCCAUCUAUACUGCUGGCCCUGCCUUCAUCAGUGGUUAGAAACGCGGCCGGACCGUCAGGAGUGUCCUGUGUGCAAGGCAGGCAUCAGCCGUGACAAAGUCAUCCCGCUUUAUGGCCGUGGUAGCUCUGCGCAGGAGGAUCCCAGGUUGAAAACACCUCCCAGACCACGAGGCCAGCGCCCAGAGCCUGAGUCUCGAGGGGGCAUGGCUGGUUUCCCUGAAGCAGCAACUGGCUUCCACAUGGCAUUUGGCAUCGGCGCAUUUCCCUUUGGGUUCUUUGCCACGGGAUACAGUGCUCCAGGGGAAAGAGCAGAUGUCGAUGCCGCCAGGCCAUCAAGCUGGCAGGAUUCGCUCUUCCUCUUCAUUGCCAUCUUCUUCUUCUUUUGGCUGCUCAGUGUCUGACUGGCUGGACCCCCACUGGAUUUGCCCUAAAUACUAAAGACUAUCAGAACUGGAUAGACGAUCUUUGAUAUUAUGGGGUGGGGAGGGGUUGGGGCAGUUGUUGGGUGGAGGGUGGCGUUGCUUGCAAACUGCACAAGGCUAGGCGGGAGACAGGGAAGGGUUAAAACUGAGCAGUGGGAUGUAAGUCGGCAUGGCAAAUCUCCCUCUACCUUUUUCCUUAAUCUCUCUGCAACACAGAAUUAAACGUGAUAGGGCUACUUCGUGGGUGGCCGUGCAAACAACGGUGGUUGCCAUGUUCCUCCGUUGUAAUGGUGUGGGUAAUUCUCUGGGAGGUUGAGCGGGAACAUCCAAAUGAUCGUAGGGCUGAAUUAUUUCUGCCUCUCUUCUGAGCUAAAUAUUUCUGAAGCUUAAAGAGGUUCAAUCAUUAAAAAUAUAUCUAUAUUAACAUUGCAAAGAGUGUAGCUAUUGGCUCGACGUUACAAGAACAGCCAAUGGGGCCACCAAGCUGUGUUCUGGUGCUUGUCUUCUUAUGCCUUGGAAGAGAGGCAGAAAACGCUGGAGGAAAAUGUGUGGCCACAGUUUCCUAUCACUUCCAGGUUGCUGAGAGAAAAUAUGGGUGCUGGGGAGUGGGAUGUGUGUGAAUGCAGAGAUGCUUAUUCUCUCCUCUCCCCAGUUGAAGCCAUGUUUUCACCAUCGUCAUUUAUUGUAAACUGUGAGCAUUGGCCUAUUUGGCUCCGAACAAACCUCGUAGGGAGGAGGGCCACAGCCCUACUUACAGGAUUCUCAUUGCACAUAAAGUGCUCCAUGGGGUGAAUGCAAUUUAUGGGGCAGAAGGGAUUCUCCUUCUGUGCACCUCAAAGGAGGAGGAAGGGAGGCACCUCACUCAUCUCUCCUACCAAGUCAAAUCUUACAACAGAGGUAGAAAAUUAAAGAACAGAGACUUGAAAAAGUCAGGAGAAGACAAGUGGUGGGGUGUUGUUGGGAGCAUGGUUUGUCACCGCAAUGUCCACAUUCAGUUUGGCUCCAUGGUCAACAACUGGAGAGGACUGGGAUUGGGAUACUCAACCAUGGGACCCCAGAUGACCACAAAGGAGUCCUUUGUAAUUCUUCCAAAAAAAGGAUGUAAAAACUCUGCCUUUGUAAAUGCAGAGGAGGGCAUGGAGAAACUGAUCAAAGUCUGGCUUUCCAGGUAUUGCUGGACUGCAACUCCCAUUUGUUUAAGCCAGCAUUGCCAAUGAUCAGAAAGCCGACAACUGGAGACCGACUUCUGGAAAGUCAUACUUGGCCACCCUUUGGUGAAUCCUUUUUUAAAAAAACUACUCUGUCGAUGUGGGGAGAGGAAUAUAAAGUCAUUUGCCAAGGUACGGAUAGUAAUUCAAGGGUCUUGGCUAUAUUUCAGUCUUCCUUUACCACCAUUUCCAGUCCACUAAGGCAGCAUUUGGGUCUGGAAGUGACGUAAUUGUCGGGAUUGCAGAAAAAUCCUCCUGAAUAACAGUAUUUUGUGGCCCAGAAAUCUCUGUGAAAAGGCUUUUCUCUUCCCAUUUGGGGUGACAAAGGAGAGAAGUGGUGCAAAUUAACCAAUGCUGUAAUUAAAUUAACCCAUGAUUCGUAUCCA